AGUGCUGGAGAAUUUAAUGUCAAUAAAAGCACGUUUAUCAAACUGAAGAAAUAAAAGUUAGUUGCAACAGUUUUAUUUAAAUUUAUUAAAGAAAAUAACAGGAUCAAACUAAUAUAUAACCAUCUUCUCAUAUUGAAUAUGGAGUAGAUCGAUAUAUUCUAUAUAUAAAUAUACUAGAAUUUUAUUAAUUUUGUAAUAAUCAUUCAUUAUCGCCCAGGGAUGAAUUUUUCACUUAGAUCUUCUGUUACCAACGGUUAUGCAAGGUUGGGAAAUCUUAGCCUUUCCUCUGAAGCAAAUAUUCAGCAAGAAACGCCAUUCUGUAUUCUCUAUACUAAAACAGGUAGGAAAUCCCAAUAAACAUAACCAUUUCCCAGAAAGCGUGUUUUCCGCAGGUAGCGUUCCAAUGCUGACAAUCGAUACACUAGAAAAAGCAAAUGUUUCUCCUGGUUUAGCCCAAUUCACACUAUCAUCUUUCCUUGAUCAUCAAGAUGCUUUAAAAGAGUUUGGUAAAGGAGUUAGCCUUUUCUCAGGGCUUAAGAAUUUUAAAUGCUUUUCAACUGUACAAGAUCAUAUGUUUACUGUACCUGAGGGUUACAAUGACAAACAUUCGGUGGGUGUGUGGUGUAAAAGUGGAAAGGCUAAGUUAGAUGUUGAAGCUUUCCUACAAGUUCAAAGUGUUAUGAAACCAACUUGCUAUCAAGCACUAUGUGAUAGCGAUGUUAAUCCGAACAGUACAAUAAAACGCAUUCGAAAAUCAACAGAUAGAACUCUAGACUUUUUGGAUCAGAUUAUGGAAAAAAAAGAAAAUUAUGAUUCCUUAAAAUCGGUUCCUAUCUUUGGGGCUAUUGAAGGUGGCUGGAAUAAAGAGGAGCGCAUUCGAUCUGCCAAAGAGACGAAUGCUCGUAACGUAUUCGGUUUUACUAUUGAAGGGUUUUCGGCUCCUGGAGCUAAUUUUGAGCAGAUUGAUUUAUCUGUUGUUAAAGAUCUGAUGCGAACAACUAUCCAAGAACUGCCAGAAUGUAAACCACGAGUUUUAAAUGGUUCUUGGAACAUUAAAAAUCUUUUGGAAGCUAUUGACUGUGGAAUUGAUAUUUUUGACUCAUCAUAUGCAUCAAAUCUUGCUGAAAACAACAGAGCUAUUAAAGCUGAUUUUGUGGACUAUAAUCUAAAAGUAGAAAUUAUUGAUUUAGCGGAACGCAAGUUUGCCAACGAUCUAUCCAUUUUAUCGGAUCACUGCGACUGUUACUGCUGUAAAAUGAAAUUCACUGCUGCCUAUAUAUCCCAUUUGAUAAAUACUAAGGAAAUCCUUGCUCAAAUAUUACUUGUUAUUCACAACUUGCACAACUAUCUAAAGCUUUUCGAAACUAUUCGUCAUCAUUUGCGGAAUGGAACUUUCCAUUCGUUUAAGGAAGCUUAUUUGAAAUAAACAUAUUCAUAGACUUUUAUAUUAAUAAACAAAUUUUGUAAAUUGAUUAUGCAAUUCUGUAUAUAAUCAAUGUAAUUAAUAUACUUGUAUCCAAAGCAACUGACAUAAUAUUUAAAUAAGAAAGGUAAGCAACUAUUUAUUCAGCGUCUAGUUGGCCAUAACAACUAUCGACGUCACUUUAUAACACGCGUCUCUUUAGAUUAUCAUAAAUUAUUAUUAUUAUUAUUUUGGGGAAAGUUUGGCAUUUUUAAAUAGACUUCUUUUCGGUCGAUUAUGUAAAACGUAUUAAUGAUUAACUUCUUAGUAAAAACAAACAGUAAUAACAUUCUAAUGAACUAAUUUCAUUGUUUUCUAUUCAAUAUUAAGGAAGGAAAACAUAGAGUUCUACCGCAUCUUUAUCAAGAAAUUGAAAGAAAUCUUCCCUAUCUUGUUAAAUUUUUUCAUUGAAUAAACAAAUACAUGUUACUUGCGGA